GUGAAAGCAUCGCAGCAUUUCAAAAUCUCCCUCGGUACAUAAUUACAUACCUGGUCCAGAAUGCGUGUUGGGGGUGAGGUUGGCAUCGGAUCUGGCACCGCCCCGGCGGAUAUUGCAGAUUCAGGGGGUAGAUAACGGAACCGACUCGAUCAAAAUCCGGCGGCUACAACGUCGGCCCCGCACUCCCACCUCACUCAGGAGGGGAAAAACAAGAAUAGAAAGGAGCCAAAGAAAGAGGAGGAGAGUGAGCGACUGAGUAAGUGAGUGAGAGGCCCCAAUGGCGCCCAAGACGACAUCCCCUGGGAUGACGACAAGGAGCAGCAGCAGCAGCAGCAGCAGCAGUAAGGGCAAUACCAAACGCAAACCCGUCAAACCGCCGAAUGAUGCUCUGCUGGCCCAGCAAUACGGCGGCGGGCACGUCGGCGGCUGGGUUGACCGGCUCCCGGCGAGCGUGAUUCCCUACGUGCAACUGGCGCGCCUGAGCCCGCCGGCAGGACUGCUGCUCAUCUUCUUCCCGCACUUCUUCGGCAUCCUGCACGCCGCCAUCGUGCUGCUCAGCGCCGCGGCGGCAAUCCUCCGGGCGUGCGCCAUCACCCUCGCCGGCAGCUUCUUCUCGUCCAACGCGGCGCACGCCUGGAACGACCUGGUCGACGCCCCGAUGGACCGACAGGUAGCGCGCACGCGGGGGCGGCCCGUCGCCCGGGGCGCCAUCUCGCCGCUCGGGGCCUUCCUGUUCGCCGUCUCGCAGGCGCUGCUGGCCGCGGGAAGGAGGGGCGUGCUCGCCGCCUGCUACGCGCUGCCCAACAUACUCGCCAUCAUCUACUACCCGUACGCGAAGCGGCACACACACCUGGCGCAGGUCGUGCUGGGCUUCUGCCUGUCGUACGGCGUCGUCAUGGGCAGCUGCGCCAUGGGUCUCAUCCCGGUGGUGGUGCACAUCCCGACCGUGUGCCUGAUGGGGGCGUGCCUGCUGUGGACCGUCCUCUACGACACCGUCUACGCGCACCAGGACGUCGAGGACGACCGGAAGCUGGGACUCAAGAGCACGGCCGUCCUGCUGGGAGACCGGACCAAGCCGGCGCUCUGGUGCGUGCUCGGGGCCAUGCUCGCCCUGCUGGCCGUGCCGGGGCGGGCGGCCGGAAUGGCUCCGCCGUACUACCUCUUCACGCUGGGAGGCUGCCUGGCCUCCCUCGGCACCAUGGUGCACCGCGUCGAUCUCAAGGAACCUGCGAGCUGUUGGUGGUGGUUCCGCUACAGCUUCUGGCUGGCGGGGGGUUCUAUCGCUGCCGGACUCGUAUCCGAGUACCUAAUACGGGCUGCUCCCUGGGCGGAGCUGUGCAAACCCUGGCUGCAUCUCUUUCCAAAACUUCCCCUCAGUUUAGCAGCUCCCGACGUUGAGUCUGUCACUUUCUAAUUAGGCAACACGACUGGGGCAUCCGGCCAGGAUAGGAUGAGAGAGACGCUGAGCGUGGCAUCGUGGCGCAUUGGCACGGUGGCACCUCGGGUUGUUUCCGAAGCAAGCCCUAGGAGAUGAGGUUGUCAAACAUGCUUACCAAGGUACUUAUACAAGGAGGAUUCAAUUCGAAUACCUUUGUGCAAGAGGUAGCUAGUGUACGGAUUAUACGGUACCUGAUCGGUCUUGGCAGUGCUGCGUCAGCUGGGCGGUACCCGUGAAACGUUCCUAUUCUCCUUUCCUGGGAGGUGGUUUCUACAGCGUGUGACAUUAUUAGUCCGCCGCUGGAGGGGUUAUUAGGAUAGUUGAAAGAGAUAUGCAGGCCGUGCCGUCGUCACCUUGAGGAGAAUCAACUCGACAAUCUGCCG